AUGGGUUCACGCUCAGCAGUUUCUACAAUUGUGGAGAAGUGGAGAGAGCAUCCUCCUGCAUCUUAUUCCCUCAAGAUUCAAAGCUUCUCUCGACUUGAGAACUCGACUGCCUUCUCUGAUCAUAAAUUCCAAUCUCGCAAAUUCUCAUCUGGUGGAUAUAAAUGGAGACUGAUCGUAUACCCAAAAGGGAACCAAAAGGACAAUGGGAGUGGAUUUAUUUCCAUGUACGUAGAAAUAGACAGCAAAAGCUUGAUGGUAUUCACACCACCAACAGAGAUUUUUGCCGAACUUCGUUUCUUUGUCUACAACAAGAAAGAAAACAAGUACUUAACUAUUCAAGAUGUAGAAGUAAAGCGGUUCAAUGCCCUUAGAACGGUGUGGGGACUGGUGCAAGUUCUUCCAUAUGAUACAUUCAAUAACCCUGAAAAUGGCUACGUUUUCGAGGGAGGUCAAUGUGAGUUUGGUGUUGAUGUCAUUGUUGCUCCAUCCCUUACCAAUUGGGAAAUCCAUUCUUUUAAUGAGAAAUUCUCUGGUCCUAAGUUCUCUUGGGCUCUCAAGAAUUUUUCUGAAUUGAACGUGAAUAAUUUGACAUCAGAUAUUUUUUCAAUGGGAGGGAGAAAAUGGGUUCUAAGGCUGUAUCCCAAGGGCGACACUAUAGCAGAUGGUAAAUGGUUAUCCAUUUAUCUGGAAAUGGCUGCUAGUGAUACACUAAAAGAAGAUGAGAAGAUUUUUGUGCAAGCAAACUUACGAGUUCUAGACCCACUUGGAUCCAAUCACAUCCAACUCCAGAUGAACGUCUGGUUCGAAGUACAAAAUGCUAGUUGGGGUUGGAAUAAGUUUAUGUCCUUAGCUGAACUUCGAAAGACUUACUUGGACAACAAGGAACACGCGUUGAACGUUGAGAUGGAAUUUAAAGUUGUUUCUGCUACCAAUUACUCUCCCAUUAUAUAA